CGCUCGGGGCGCACGGACGCUCCAGCGCCGCUCCAGCUCAGCUCUGCUCCCCGCCCGCUGCAGUGGCGGCCCACCCGCCCGACUCCGGCCUGGGCUCCUAGAAGCAACCCGCCCGCUCGGUCCCGGCGCCCGCGGACCAUGCCCCCUGCGCCCCCCGGGGAACCGGGCCGGGCCGAGAGCCCUCGGGGACCAGGCGCCCUGCCUGGGACCCCUCCCGAUCGCCGGGUCCACGGCCCGCGCCCUGCCCCGCGCCUUGAAGCCGCGUGAGUCGGCGGGGGCCAUGGAGCGCGCUCCGCCCGACGGGCCGCUGAACGCGUCGGGGGCGCUAGCGGGUGAGGCGGCGGCGGCGGCGGCGGCGGCGGGCGGGGCGCGCGGCUUCUCUGCCGCCUGGACCGCUGUGCUGGCCGCGCUCAUGGCGCUGCUCAUCGUGGCCACGGUGCUAGGCAAUGCGCUGGUCAUGCUCGCCUUCGUGGCCGACUCGAGCCUCCGCACCCAGAACAACUUCUUCCUGCUCAACCUCGCCAUCUCCGACUUCCUCGUGGGUGCCUUCUGCAUCCCUCUAUACGUGCCCUAUGUGCUGACUGGCCGCUGGACCUUCGGUCGGGGCCUCUGCAAGCUGUGGCUGGUGGUGGACUACCUGCUCUGUACCUCCUCUGUCUUCAAUAUCGUGCUCAUCAGCUAUGACCGCUUCCUGUCCGUCACCCGCGCAGUCUCCUACCGGGCCCAGCAGGGCGACACGCGGCGGGCGGUGCAGAAGAUGGUUUUGGUGUGGGUGUUGGCCUUCCUGUUGUAUGGACCGGCCAUCCUGAGCUGGGAAUACCUGUCUGGCGGCAGCUCCAUCCCCGAUGGCCACUGCUACGCUGAGUUCUUCUACAACUGGUACUUCCUGAUCACAGCCUCGACACUGGAGUUCUUCACGCCCUUCCUCAGCGUCACCUUCUUCAACCUCAGCAUCUACCUGAACAUCCAGAGGCGAACGCGCGUCCGGCUGGAUGGGGCUCGAGAUGCGUCUGGCCCAGAGCUGCAGCCGGAGGCCCAGCCCUCCCCACCCCCACCUGGCUGCUGGGGCUGUUGGCACAAGGGGCGUGGGGAGAGCCUGCCCCUGCACCGGUAUGGGGUUGGCGAGUCGGGCCCUGGUGCUGAGGCAGGGGAGGCCGCCCUCGGAGGAGGCAGUGAAGGAGGCGCUGCCGCCUCCCCCACCUCCAGCUCAGGCAGCUCCUCCAGGGGUGCAGAGCGACCACGCUCACUUAAGCGGGGCUCCAAGCCAUCAGCGUCCUCAGCAUCGCUGGAGAAGCGCAUGAAGAUGGUGUCCCAGAGUAUCACCCAACGCUUCCGCCUGUCUCGGGACAAGAAGGUGGCCAAGUCACUAGCCAUCAUUGUGAGCAUCUUUGGCCUCUGCUGGGCCCCAUACACGCUGCUGAUGAUCAUCCGCGCCGCCUGCCAUGGCCACUGCGUCCCCGACUACUGGUACGAGACGUCCUUCUGGCUGCUGUGGGCCAAUUCUGCUGUCAACCCCGUGCUGUACCCGCUGUGCCACUACAGCUUCCGCCGCGCCUUCACCAAGCUGCUCUGCCCCCACAAGCUCAAGAUCCAACCCCACGGCUCCCUGGAGCACUGCUGGAAGUGAGGGG